AUGACUGCAUUGUAUACACACAUCGGUGACUACUCAAAAGCACUUGAUUUUUCCGAAAAAUCACAUCAAAUAGCAGAAAGAGCUCUUCCUCCGAAUCAUCUCCAUUUGGCUAUUUCUUACAACAACAUCGGUGAAGUGUAUAGAAACAUGGCUGAUUAUUUGAAAGCACUUGAAUUUUACGAAAAAUCACGUCAAAUAAGAGAAAAAUCUCUCCCUUCGAAUCAUCCCGAUUUGGCUCAAUCCUACAGCGAUAUCGGUCUUGCCUAUAACGACAUGGGUGACUACUCGAAAGCACUUGAACUUUACGAAAAAUCGCAUCAAAUAUUAGAAAGAGCUCUUCCUCCGAAUCAUCCCGGUUUGGCUACUUCCUAUAACAAUAUCGGUCUUGUCUAUAACCACAUGGGUGACUACUCGAAAGCACUUGAAUUUUUCGAAAAAUCGCAUCAAAUAUUAGAAAAAGCUCUUCCUUCGAAUCAUCCCAGUUUAGCUACUUCUUACAGUAACAUCGGUGAAGUGUAUAGAAACAUCGGUGACUACUCGAAAGCACUUGAAUUUUACGAAAAAUCACAUCAAAUAAGAGAAAAAUCUCUUCAUUCGAAUC